GACGGAGGAAUUACAAUUUUGCAUUUGAAAAAAUACGAUAUUUUUUUAAUUAUAUUUCAAAAUGAAUUUAUUAUAUUUAAUAUACUCGGGUAUAUCACAUCUCAAUUUUUUUUUUCAAUAUUUUAAGGUUAAAAAAAAAGUCAAAUGCGCCACUGAAAAUAUAUAGAGGGAGUGAAGGAGUGGGGGAACCCAAUGAAUGAAUUCAACAACAGUGCAAGAUCGGAUAGAUAGAAAUGAGGAGGGCCGCUGUCGUCUUCUUCCUAAUAAUUCAAAUUACUGUUCCGAUUCUGUUCGCCGCCGCCGAAGCCGCUUCUGGUUCGCCGGUGAAGUUUCUUCCGGGCUUCGAUGGCGGCCCUCUUCCGUUUCAACUCCAAACCGGGAGUCUAGGGUAUUUGGGGAAAGAAGAAGUUAG